UAUCUAACUUCACGUUUAUAAUUCUUUCCGUAGAAUGAGCAAUCUGACUAAUAAUACCUUGAUACGUCAGGAGGAAACUGACACGUAUAUCCAUGGGAUCAUCACCGGCGUCCUCGUACCUACCGGCAUCCUGGGUUCCUUACUGUGCCUGUAUUUCAUUAAGCAACGCCACUUUGAGCAGACGCCUCAGAGUGACGCUCUGCUGAUUAAUCUCUGCGUGUCAUCACUGUUAUUCUGCACCGUUAACGCACCAGUGUUAGCGUACACUCUCACAACGUUUCCUAUUAACUAUUUUUUUCUCCAUCCAUCCGCUUGCCAGGGAUUGGUUUAUAUUUUUUGGUUCAGUCAGACUGCAUCCGCCUACGCUCAUGUUGGCAUCGCACUAAACCGUUUCAUCACGCUAAUGUUUCUAAGUCAUAAAAAAUUCAGUUACUCAAACCUGGUGGCCGGCUUUUUAAUUGCGGCGGGAUGGAUUAUUCCCCUAGUGACCUUUAUAUUUCCCUUGUUCCACAUGUUCGGCACAUUUGGGUACACGACGAUCGCACACACGUGCUUAUUCGUGGGGGUCAUUCUGCGGCCAUACCAGUUGACGUACAAAACGCUGAAUUCCUUUUUUCCUCUAUCUUUAAUGGUAGUAUCGUACCUGGCAAUUUCGGUGAAACUGUACUGCAUCGCCAUAAAUCGGCAGCGGCGCAUCGACAAAUCAGUGAACAAUGACGCAUUCUCCCGCACCACAGGUGGACUGACGCGGGCGACGGAUGCCACGGUGGCCAAGCGAAAACGUGUGCGUGCAGAGAUCCGCACGACCAACACCGCCAUGAUCACGUGUUUCAUCUUCCUAAUUUGUUAUGUACCGAAUUCGCUGUAUGGGUUCUUUGUCAAGACCGUCCGUGAUCUGCAGUCAACUACGGGAAUGUCGCUGAUCCUGCUGGUGUGGAUAGGUUGCGCCACAAGCCCUGUUUUCUAUGUUGCCAUGAGUUCGGUGUUACGGCGAAAGCUGAUCCCAAUUUUUCGAACCGGAGGCAGCCGAAGUGACCGCAUGGAAAGCAUACGCCAGCAAACGCAACCCUCGAUCGAAAACGAUUAA